AACACUUGAUGCUCCUCUCUCUCUCUCUCUCUCCCUCCUGAAUAAACCCUACUGAAACUCAGUCGGUAAAAGCAAGCAUUAACAAUGGCGGAAGCAGAUGGAGGAUCAGAUAAGAAGGCUGGUGGAGUUGAGUCUUUGAAAGACAAAGGAAAUGAGCAAUUCAAAGCUGGGAAUUACCUCAAAGCCGCAGCUCUCUACACGCAGGCCAUCAAGCAAGACCCCCAAAACCCCACUCUUUAUAGCAACCGUGCUGCUGCAUUUCUGCAAUUGGUUAAGCUUAACAGAGCCCUUGCUGAUGCUGAAACAACAAUUACAUUGAACCCCAAGUGGGAAAAGGGAUAUUUCAGGAAAGGAUGCAUAUUAGAGGCCAUGGAGCAGUAUGAUGAUGCUCUGACUGCUUUCCAGACAGCUUUGCAAUACAAUCCAAAAAGUGUAGAAGUCUCUCGAAAGAUGAAGAAAAUUUCUCAGUUGGCGAAAGAUAAAAAACGUGCUGAAGAAGUGGAUAAAAUGAGAUCAAAUGUUGAUUUGGCAAAACAUUUGGAUAAACUGAAAUCUGAAGUGUUUGAAGGAUCCGAAGAUGCAUUCUCUUUUCUUGUUGAGACUAUGGAGGCAGCAGUAAAAUCAUGGCAUGAAACUUCAAAAGUGGAGGCUAGAGUUUACUUUCUCCUUGAUAAAGAAAAAACAGACACCGAAAAGUAUGCUCCGGCUGUGAACAUUGAUAAGGCCUUUGAAUCACCCGAUACACACAGAAAUUGUUUCCCUUUUCUCAGGCAGUAUGCUGAGGAUUCUUUCUCUAGAGCAGCUUGCUUGGUGACCCCCAAGAGUAUCAUGUCUUACCCACAGGUUUGGAAAGGUCAAGGAUCAAGGAAAUGGAAACAUGGGCAACAUGAUGGAUUCUUUGUUCAGUUUGAGAUGCAUUUCUUGCGAAAGUUGUGGUUUAUUCCUAGUUCCAAUGAACUGGGCCAGACAUUGUGCAGGGAUCCGGAAGAUCUAGACAUCAGUGCCCAUGAAUUGAUUCCGCGCCUAUACAAAGAGAAGUCCUCCAAGUCAUAGGCACCUUCACCUGCAUGUUGUUGGACAGAAAUCUGAGGGCUCAGUUUAGCGGUAUUGUAAAGAGCAAACAGCACAUGUACUAUCUUUUGCCUUGCUCAGAAUCUCAGAUGUAAGGUCUUCUUUGGCCUGGUGUUUUGGAGGAAGGUAUUUUACAUAACCAUUCCAUACAUCUACCAUGGUUUUGUUCUCCCCUCCCCCUCUCUCAAAUUCCUCUAAGAAAACAUUUAUCUGGAUGUUACGCCUUUACAGAGGUCCCUUAUUGUGAGAUUGCCUAUCCUGAUUUUGUCCGUUGCAUUAUACCGGGUUGUUUCUAACACAUGUACGUUAAAUGGUACUUAUAUGGUGAUGCUAAGACUUGAAACUUGGUGCUAUAAUUCCUCUGUAAUCUUCUAUAUUGUGUAAGGUGUUAAUGACUGAUUCUUCUCAGCA